CCGCAACUUGUCCUGGUAUCAUUUCGAGCACACAAGCCUACAUUGAAAAGACUUGCAAGCGUAAAAACGUCGAUGCGUGUUUCCUAAGAGGAAAGCAGCCUUACCUACCGGGUGUCGAAGAGGCACGCCGUGUAGCCUGAAGGUGGCGCUGAAGGCGUCUACUCUGUUGAGAUUCCUCGGAGCGUUCCAAAAAAAAAAAAAGAAGUAAGAAGAGGAGAGUGUCAAUUACGGUACAGUGUGGAUUUCGGUGCUGAGAGGUAGAAGUCACUCGCGUUACACAUGGAAUGGAAAGGAACGUCAGUAGAUAUGGUUGACGAACAACGGAGACACUUGUACGAUUCCGCCGCGCGACAAACGAGCGACGAUGUGCAGCUGCAGCUGAUAAAUCUCCCCGACGUUUGCCUGGAGGCGAUUCUGUCUAACCUCUCCUACGAUGAGAUAUCUAAAUAUAGGAUCGUUUGCAGACAGUUCGAUCGGAUCAGCAAGAAGCUGCUCAAUCGUGGCUUCAAUCUCAUGGAGAAGUAUCACGCGCAAUGCCUCCGCACUGUCAAGAGCAAGCUGCCGAGGAGGGAGUCGGAGCGACGGAGCCACCCUCUCGCACGUCACUGCGAUAUCUUGACGGCGAUAGAAACGAGAAUCUCUAUGUUAUCGAUGACUUUUAUCAAGUAUGUGGAUCUGAACGUGUGCUGCUUUAUUCCAGGAAAGGUGAUCGAUGAAAUUUUUCGCGUACUUCGACUGAUUCGAGAGACAAAGACACCGCCCAGAGCGCACGAGAUACUUCAAGAGCUGCGGGACAUAAGCAGCAUGGCCAUGGAGCAUUUUGAUGAGAAGAUCUUGCCGGAUCUGAAGCACAACAUUUGCACGUCCAUGGUCGGCACUGUGAACUCGUACGAUCUACCCGGUGGCGUCAUGAUCUCCCACGGUAGAAAUAUAAAUAACACUGCACUGCCGCAUUGCAACAAUCAUAGCGUAACCUGCUCGGAGAAGCUUAACCAGACUUUCAAGAAGAUUAACGAUCGUACGAAAAAGAACAAGCUGUUCUUCUUAUCCGUGAAAGGUCAGAUAGUUAGGAUGAAGCUCAGGAUGCAGAAGCAGGAUUAUCUUUUACGGAAGCAAACUCUCAAGAUACUUAGGCAGGACAAGAAGAUACACGAUCAGGGCACGCAGAUAGCGGAGAUGCGGAAGCAUUUCGAGGAGUGGGAGCAGAAGAUGGUCGAUUUAACUACCGAAGUGAGCCGAGCGCGGGAGGGCACUCAGAAUCCCGAUUCGUUGGAAAGUCGCAAGCGGAAGGCGCACAUUAUCAACGCCGAUGCCAAUACGGUUCAGCAGGCAAACGAAUUGGAGGCCAAGAAACGCAAACUCAUAGUUGAAAGGAAAGCGUCGAGCAACGCGAAGGAUAUGAAGUUUAAGAAAUUUAUGUCGGACUUACUUGCUAAGAACACAUUAGAUAGUUACUUCGUCGAGCCACCGCCGUGUCCGCGCUAACUCGGCUCUUUUUACAUUAAUGGUUCUAGUUCGAAGAUUUUGCAGGAUUAUUAUACUCUUUAAUACAUUUUAAUACAUAUUAUACUCUAUAAUACAUUUUUCAGCUGUUAUAGCGAAUAGGUAUAAUGAUCGUAACAUACACUCAGUACAUCCAAAUUUUAACUGAUUUAAAAAGUUAAGUUUUCUAAACAACAACUGAGCAAGUUUAAACAAGAAUGAGUAUUUUUAGGUCAUUAUUCUGUGUAUUUUUAUAAAUUCAACGCAAUAUAUUAAUGUAUUUAGUUGGGUUUAUUUCAGUGCUUGAGAAUGUUAUCUAAAGUAUAUAUAUGUAUAUAUAUAUAUUUAAACAUAUGUAUUUUCUUAGAUAUAAAUGCUACGUAAAAUUCGUUAAGAGAUUAUUUUAUCGCGCAUUUAUUAAGAAAUUGAAAGUAAAGACAAUAAACUGCAAUAACGCGUUAAAACGAACAACUUAACGCUGAAAGACAUUAGUUUUGUUUACGUUACACAAAUUCUUUAAUGGGUGUAGAAUUUUGUUGUACUUGCAUGUAGUUAUAUAUAAUCAUUGAAAGACUGUAAUUCAUAUCAUUAUUAAACGUCGAUUGAUAUAAGA